CUGGUCUGGUCUGUGUUUGAGUGGAGGACGGAGUGGAGAGCUGGAUGUGUGCCCGUGGACCCCUCAUCCAGCCGAUGAGCCGUCUCCCCAGAGAUAUUCCAGCUGCUUGUUGUGAGUAAUGGAUACGCAGAAGAGCUCCGGGAUCAGCGGUCGGAGGGCCCUGCCUGCGGAAAGGCAACACUGAGGUUACUGUGGAGGAGGAGAGCUAUCUCGCCCACCCAACCCGCGACAGGGCAAAGAUCCAGCACUCCAGGCGACCCCCGACCCGGGGCCACUUGAUGGCUGUGGCAUCUACCUCAACGUCUGACGGGAUGCUGACCCUUGACUUGAUCCAGGAAGAGGACGCCUCCCCGGAGGACCCCGCCACUUGCGAGGACAACUUCCGGGUGGAUCUGGACAAGACGGUCGCCCACCUCGCCGCGGGACGGAGGUGUUCGGAUCCCGAGAGCGCCAAGCCGCCGGAGAGGGGCCGGACGAACAGCCUCCCGAGGCGAGAGGCCAUCUCUUGGGACCGGUCCUCGCCGCGGGAGGAUCCCUUCGACAGAGGGACCGUGUACACGCCUCAGGCACCGAAGAAGCUCUCCCACGCGGAGAAGAACAAGUGCGCCUCCAUGGAAGAGAUCCUCUCGUGCCGGGAUUCCUGCUCGGUGCACCGGGCGGUCCUGCGGAAGGGCCUCGGGGACCACUUUGCCGCCGCCGAGCCGGAGCGGCUGAGCCGGAUCCAGGAACUUGUCGCGCUGAAACUUGAAAAGACACAGGAACUCUUGGCGGAGGUGAAGGGCUACGGGGAAGGCAGGCGGAAGGCGAAGGAGCUGGGCACCUCCUCCCCUUCCUCCUCCUCCUCCCCCGCCAAGCUGGACUCGGAGGCUGUCCUGCAGGAGACGGAGCGGCUGCUGGGGGAGGCCACGUCCCACUGGAGCCAAGCCCAGCGGGUGCUGACCGAGGUCCGGGAGCUCCGGAACCUCUACAGGCAGCUGGAGCUGCAGGUCUCCGAGCUGAAGCCCCGACAGGCCGCGCAGCAGUCGCAGUACAGGAAGAGCCUGAUGUGAAGGCAAGGGGGGGCCCCUGGGCGGCGGGGAGGGGGGGUGUCAAGGGGAUUGCUACCAAUCUCUAUUUUUCUUGACAGUGCUUGAAGCGUUCAGGUGCCUGCUCUUGCCCCGCCCCCGACAAGCCCCAUUCUGCCCCUGUGACACCC